CUGUCGCUUUAAGACAACGAUAGCUUUGUGUCUGAUUAAUUCAAUGUACGGCGACGCGUUAGUGGAGAAACCUUAUUAGACUUUCAGCCACACAGAGAGACAGAGGAGGAAAAUACAGCACAGACCUGCGCGCUGGAAAGAUAACUGGGCUUUACCUUGAUUUAAAAUAUAAUAAAUAAAAAAAAACACCCUAAGUUAUUAUCAUAAAUAAACAGGGGGUGAUUUUUUUUUUAAAAAAAGAUGAAGACAUCUUGAGGAUGGGUUGCACGCGUUUGGAGUAAAAGUCUGCAUCAUCGCGCACGGAAAGGAGCGAUUUUCACCACCAGCUGGAGUUGAAACAUCCGAUCAGAGGAGGAGGACAGAAGAUGUCGUCGGAAAAACACGGUCUCGAUGACUCUGGCCGUCAGACCAUGCAGCCUCCUCCAUACCUCCCAGGCCCGCAAGACCCUAAUGUACCCCAGCACCCCAACAUGCAGCCUGCGCCGGGCACCCAACCCAACUACCCUCCUCCACCUCCUCCUCCGGGUUCAGAUGGAUAUCUUCAAGAAACCCAGUUCCACUGCGGCCCGCUGGGUCCGCAGGGGGCCCCACAGGGCUACACAGUCCAGACCCAGGGCCCCGGAGGCGCUAUGACUCACGCCCCUGUCGGCUACCUCCACCCGGGCUACCCGCUUCAGCUGCAGCCUUGCACAGCUUACGUACCCGUCUACCCCAUGGCAUCGGGUCAACCUUACAUGCCAGCCGGGGGAGGCCACCCAGGGAUCCCACCGGGCCAGAUUCAUCCCAUGCAAAUGCCACCCAGCAUCACCCUAAUGGACCGUCGACCGCCACACGACUACCUGCCCAUCGCCGUGCUCACCACCGUCUGCUGCUUCUGGCCAACAGGCAUCAUUGCGAUCAUCAAAGCAGUGCAGGUGCGUACGGCAAUAGCCAGAGGGGACAUGGUGACGGCGGAAAUAGCCUCCCGUGAGGCACGCAACUUCUCCUUCAUCAGCCUGGCUGUUGGCAUCGCCUCCAUUGUGCUGUGCACCAUCCUCACCGUGGUAGUCAUCAUCGCCUCGCAGCACCACGACGACGACUGGGAGCCGUAACUCCGCGCAGUGUCAGACAGAUGGGAAAUCAUGGCAUAUAUUAGCUAGCUAACUACUCUCAAUCGUUUGGAGGAAAUAGGAGCACUGAACAUGCACACAAACUGCUACUGCAUUGCUGGCCCUCUGUGUACAGCUACACACACAGCUCUGACCUAACCUGCUGCCAUCAAACAUACACCGACGACCAAAAAAUCAACCAAUCGCAGCUGAUGUUCAAACGCCAAAUACGAGCAGCUGUCAAAUGAGGUCCAGUAUUGCUGUUAGCACAGCGACCACUUAAUAUUUACACUGAGAUAUGAGCUGCAAGAGGGAAACAAAGCUCCUUGCAUUAACAAUUCAUUUGACGCUGAUUAAUUCAUACGGAGGAUGUAGUUAGAUGAGAGGAUGGGUCACUGUGUGUUUCAGUUUUACAUAUUCCAACAACAAAACCUACUAAAA